UCUUCCCCAACAGUGAGCGUGGUCGAUUUCUGCGGCCAGACCCUGCACGGGGAUGGGAUGCUGUUGACUUCCCACAGAGACUCCCGCCGUUACUACUUUGUAGUGGCCAGCACAGACUGCCAGCUGACCAUGCAAGCGGCAACCCCCAAAGACAAGGUCCAGUUCCAGUUCCGCUUCUUCCUGGUGUACAGCAUGGUGCGCUCACCUUCCAGCACGCUGGCCAGCAGGGCCAGCAACGACCACCCCACUCUGGCCCUUCCCAAGUCCAGAAGGGAGCGGGAGACCCCUGACCCUUGCACAGCAGGCUCCUACGUGCAAUUCUACGAUGGCCAAAACCACACCGCGAAGCCCCUGGGGAUGCCGCUGUGUGGGAAGAACAUCCCAAGGCCCGUCAUCUCCACUGGCAACUUCCUCACCUUGAGGCUCGUGACUCGCGGCCAGCAACCUCGCGUCGACUUUGUCGGUGAUUUCACCUCCGUUCGAACUGGCUUGAACGCUUCGGCCUGCAGCACGGAGUCCUAUUUUCCCUGCCACAAUGGCAAGUGCAUCCCUCCCAGCCUAGUCUGCGAUGGCAGCAGCGUGGAUAACUGUGGAGAUGGUACAGACCAGGCUUUCCAGUCCCCGGCCUGGUGCAAAGGCUCACCCACGCUCCUGCCGCCCUUGAAUAAUGCCGAGGCCUCUUCUGCAGUUGACGCCCUGCCAAGUCAGGUGACCUGCGCAGGACCCCAGGAAAGCCAGCUCCUGCCCCCAGGCACUGCCACCUGGGACAAAACAGACAAUCGCAAGACUCUCCUUGCUUCGCUGGCUGCCCUCCUAGGCGCUGCCUUUGUGUUCUGGUGCUGCUGGAAUCCAGGCUGGUUCAUUUGGAGGAUGGGCGCCUGCAGAUACCUGCCCGGCUGCAAUUCCGCCUGCGCUGCCUGCCACCUCUGCCCACGCAGCUGCACCUGCCGGGAGCCCCCCAAGGUCACCCCACAUGGAAGCACCGAGCCACCCGUGUGACUCCGAGAUGGGGGGCAGCAGGGUCACUGGCCCCUAGUUUUAGAGCAUGGGCCAGAAGGGGUGCAGCUGGCAGCGGAGGCAUGAUGGGACUAAGCCAGGGGUAGGCAAC